UUGAACAUUUUCUGUACAUUACAGGUGAGAAUGGAUGGCACAGAGACAGAUAUAUGGUCUCUAUAUCUUAGUAUCAGUUAUCAUUGGUAGUGGAUAGAGUAUCACCACAUCAGAAAGCAUUGAAGCAAUUAGACGAUUACCAAAGAAAGCUAAGAAGACCUUGGGAUAAGUUUUGAGGAUGUGAUGCCUUCAUAUGGCUGCCCUGUAAAGAUGGCACAGUGUCUCUUGAAGAAAAAGAACUUUUUCUGUAGGGAAUGGACAUUCAGUAAAAUCAACCAUUGCCUAGAAAACAGACCAACAUCUAAAACAUGUGGGGCUUUGAUAGUGGGAGGCCCUGGAUGUGGCAAGUCAGCGGUGUGUGCAGAACUGACGUGGCCUACUGUGUCACAAGGAAAACAAUGUCUUCUCAAUCAGCGACUCAUUGCCUGGCACUUCUGUCAGGCUCAUGACAUUGAGAGCUUAUCCAUAACAAGUUUCAUCCUUAACCUGGUUAACCAGUUGUCAGAAAGUAAACAAAUCAAUGGAUACUUAGACAUCAUAAAUGAUCCUGAAGUACAGAGGCUUCUCAAUCCAGUGGAAAUUGAGAAAAAUCCUGACCUAGUCUUUCAUCAAGCUGUCUUGGAACCUUUACAGAUGCUUGAAAAACCAGAAAGAACUGUAUUUAUGAUUGUUGAUUCCAUUGACGAAUGUUAUCUCCAAAGUUUGGGAGAAAAAAAUGGAGAAAGCCGUACAAUUGCUGAGCUUCUGGCAAAUCAUCAUCAUAACUUUCCACCAUGGCUUCUCCUUGUGUGUUCUGCUCGGAAACAAAGUAAAACAGUAACAAGAAUGUUUACUGGUUUCCGAAAAAUUAGUUUAGAUGACCUUCGAAAAUCUCAUGUUGUUCGUGAUGUUCAGCAAUACAUUCUGUGUCGACUUGAUAAGGAGGAGCGACUGAGACAACACCUAAGUCGUGAUACAGCAGAAAUGUUGAAUCAAUUACACAUAAAGAGCAAUGGAUGCUUUCUAUACUUAGAACGAGUUCUCGAUGGUGUUUCUGAGAAUUUUAUAAUGUUGCGUGAGAUUCGUGAGAUUCCAGGAACUUUGAAUGGAUUAUACCUUUGGUUAUGUCAGAGGAUAUUUGGUCGUAAGCAAUUUACCAAAAUUCAACCCAUUAUCAAUGUUAUUCUGGCAUCUAAUAAGCCAGUGAACUCGAAGGAUUUGUUUGACUGUGUUCACACAAAAAACACUGAUUUAACAGAAGAGGAAUUUUCAAAGCAAAUAACUAGUAUGAAGAAAAUUCUGAUUGAAGGACAGAAUGGAAGUAAGAUUUUAUUCCACCACAGUUUCGCAGAGUGGCUACUUGAUGUAAAACAUUGCACACAGAAAUACUUGUGUAAUGCCUCUGAAGGUCAUGCUAUGUUAGCAAUGAGGGCUACAAUGAGUGCUGACAAAUUAAAACCACUGGAAGUUCAGGAAAUGGCCUUACACAUGCUACGUGGAAAUUUUUAUGAUGUGUUACAAUAUACUAAUUUAGUGCAAUGGUUAAUGAUAUCCGGUGCAGAUAUAGAGACAAGUUUAUCAGUAGGGAUUCCAAAGGAACAAAAAGUUACAAAACUUCUGUUGGAUGCAGGUGCUAAACUUCCUUCAGAUCCAGAUGAAGCAGAAACUGCUAGCAUGCAUGCAAGCAUGAUUGAAGAAGUUGACAACGAGAAGCAGCCUGCAUUGGAUGUGUCUGUUAAUCAGGUGGAUAGCAAUGGUCGAACAGUCCUUCACAAUGCUGCUCACGAAGGAAAUAUUCAGCUCCUGACAACUGCUAUAGCAAAUGGUGCUGACUUAGAAGCUGUUGACAAAAAAGGACAGACAGCUUUAAUCUUAGCAUCAAGACAAGGUCAUGCAGAAAUAGUUGCCAUAUUAUUGGCGUCCAAAGUUUGUGUUGAUCGUACUGAUGAUGAUGGAUGGACAGCUUUACGAUCAGCUGCCUGGGGUGGACAUAAUGCUGUUGUCUUAUUGUUAUUAGGAGCAGGAGCCGGUGUUGACCAUGCUGAUACAGACAAAAGAACAGCACUGAGAGCAGCAGCUUGGGGUGGUCAUGAAGAAAUAGUGAUACAACUACUAGAACAUCAGGCCGAGGUCAAUAAAGCUGAUAAUGAUGGUCGCACAGCUCUUAUAGCUGCUGCUUACAUGGGACAUGCAGAAAUUGUACAAGAUUUAUUAAAAAACAAUGCUGAUGUCAACCAAGAAGAUCGUGAUGGUAGAACUGCUCUUUCAGUAGCAGCCGUCUGCAUCAGAACUAGUGAAGGUCACGAAAAGGUUGUUGGAUUACUUUUAGAGAACGGAGCUGAAGUGAAUCACCAAGAUCAUGAUGGUAUGACCCCAUUACUCGUUGCUGCAUGUGAAGGUCAUCAGGAAGUUUGUGAACUUUUGUUAGAAUGGGAUGCUGACAUUGAUCAUGCUGAUAACAAUGGCCGUACGCCUCUUCUAGCCGCUGCUUCAAUGGGACAUUCUAAAAUAGUUAAUCAGCUGUUGGUUUGGGGAUGUGCUGUGGAUACGAUUGAUUCUGAGGGAAGGAUUGUUCUUAGUAUUGCUGCAGCACAAGGCAAUGUCAAUGUUGUCCAACAGUUACUUGAACGUGGAUUAGAUGAAAUGCAUAGAGACAAUGCUGGAUGGUCUCCCUUGCACAUGGCUGCUUAUGAAGGACACUUGGAGGUCUGUAACUGUCUAAUAGAACAUUGUGCCAAAGUAAAUGAAGUUGAUAAUGAUGGACGCCAUCCACUCAUCCUUGCUGCACAAGAAGGACAUCUUGAGGUUGUUACUUCCCUUGUGGAAAACGGUUCAACAAUAGAUCACAGGUCACAUGACCAGAAAACAGCAUUCCGAGUGGCUGCUUUGGAAUCUCACAGGAAAGUAGUGGAAUAUCUGUAUGAACAGGGAUCAAACAUUAACUACAAAGAUGCUGAUGGGAGAUCAACAGUUUAUAUGUUAUCUUUAGAAAACAAAGUAGAUAUAUUGCAAUAUUUAUUGGAAAUAGGAGCUGAUGUAGAAUCUACUGAUCUUGAAGGACGUACUGCCCUUCACAUUUCUGCAUGGCAGGGACAUUUCGAAAUUGUUUCACUUCUUUUGAAAUUUGGUGCAAAAGUAAAUGCUGUUGACAAUGACAAUCGUACUUCAUUGCAGUCAGCAGCUUGGCAAGGUCAUGAGAAGGUUGUUAAACUUCUUCUUGAAAAUGGAGCUAAUGUUGAUCAUACAUGUAAUCAAGGUGCUACUGCUUUGUGUAUUGCUGCACAAGAAGGACAUGAACACUGUGUACGUGUAUUGCUUCAGUAUCAUGCUAAUCCAAACCAUGCUGACCAGUUUGGAAGGACACCGAUCAAAGUUGCCAUGAAAUCAGGUCAUUCAGGUAUUUGUAAGUUACUGGAAGAGAAUGGUGCAACGCCCAUGACAAAGAGUAGAAGCAAUUCUUCUACGUCUAGUAAUGAGACCAGGCCUACGUCUGCUGCUGGUUCUGCACAUACACAUGCUACAGUCACCACUGGUGUUAUUGUCAAUGGUAAUCAGUUGAACAGUUCGCCAUCAGAAUCUCCCGACUCAACUUUCGAUAGAAGAAAAUCCUUUGCGUCUAAUAACUCGUCGAAAUCAUCAAGUAAUAUGACAUCAUCAACAAGCCAAAGUAAUCAAAGUGCUCCUAAUAGUAACGAAUGUCUGACAUUUACACAACAACUUCAACAGUGCUCUAUGGCUAGGCACCGUGCUAGGCCUGUCAGUAGAAUUUUGUCUCCAGUUAGCGAGCCUCAGUCCCCAGUUCAGUCUCCAAAUAUUACUCCUAGUAUUGAGGUUAUGGUCCAUAAUGAACAUAAUAAACUCUCACCGAUUACAGAAAGGAAUUUGAACAUUUUUGCCAAAUCUCCAGUUAAGUUUUCUAACUUGAAGGAUAAAGAAAUUUCUGCAACCAUUAAUAUAAUUACGAAUCCUAAUCCUGAUUUCUCUGAUGAACCUGUUUGGCAGAUCAAUCCACAACAUUUCAUUAGUAUGAAAAAUGACUUGGAAAAGUUAAAACUUCAUCAAAAAACAAACACAGAGCAGUCAAAUGUUAUAAUGGGACAAAGUGCUUUAGAAAUGCGUUCCCCUGAAAUGAGACGUAAGAGGAAUGGGAUCGUUACUAAUCCUAAAAUAACUAAAAGUGGAGCAAUGAAUGGACAUUUCAACAAGAUUUCUAACCUAACUGGAGAGGAGAAGAUUAUGAAUGGUCAUGGACCUAUGAGUAUUAGUGUUGGUCCUGGGUCAAACUAUUCUGGACCUCCUAGACCUAAUGGGCUUCCUUUAAAGAAAGAGACUCCACUAUAUUAGGAUACACAUCAUUCAGACUGAAAACAAGCUAGAGGGAAGAUUGAAGAUUUAGUGCAAUGACAUGUGACUUUUCACAUUACAUAACCUUGUAAACUGUUUAUAUUCUGUGAUAUAUGUGUUGUGUAUUUAUAGCAAUGGUUUAUUUUCUGGCACAUUCAAGUGAAUUCUGAUUGAUCAGUUGCUUACAAAUGAUGGUUAGGCCUGCAUAAUAUAUUUAAUAUCAAGACAAAAUAUCCUUAACCUGUAGAUCUUAAUUGUCAUAUAUUAAGAAAGGGUAGCAUACAUUUCCUCUGAAGCCUCAAGGAUAAAAUUCAUAUAUAGCAACAUAUGUUAAAAACAGCUAUUUUUGUUGUACAUGUAUUUACAUAUUACAUUUACAAGAUAUAGGAAGUUAUAAAAUUCUAACAAUCAAUAGCCAAACCUAAUUGUUCUAAAGCUGGAACUAAUAUAUUUUAAUAGACCUAG